AUGAACGUUGAAACAAUUCAAACUAAAAUUAAAACCGCUGAAAUUAAAGACGUGGAAGCAGAUUUUAGUUGUUUACCUGUUUGGAGCCAAAAUAAUAUAUUUGUGGUUAAAGUGGCCGUUACAAAAGACGAAUAUUCAUCUCCUGUUUCGAUUUCCAUUUCAACAAAAAAUCCUACUCACGGAAGAAUAACAUGGAGUGGAGAUGGUAAAUGGUUAUCUGUUGCUCCUUACGAUGAAGGAAAUGGACCACUGCCUAUUUUUAAAUUUUCGGAUAAUGAAUUAAAACCUAUGAAAUACAUUUUACUACCUAAUGUUACUUCUGCUUCAUUUUUUAAUUGGACAAAUAGAAUUUUAGCUGUUGGAAAUAAAAGUGGGGAAAUAUUUGUUUGGGAUGUGAUUGAUAAAAAAAUAUCUGUUAAAGUUGAAUAUGUAGAAUCUCAGCCUGUUGAUUUUGUAUCUGUUAAUUCUGAUGAUACUUAUUUAGCUACAGGAAGUUUAAGUUCUAAUAAAAUAUGUAUUCAUAGUUUGAAAACGAACAAAGUAGUUAAUAAAAUUUGUUUGCCUAAAUCCAAGCAAACAUCUAGUGUAAAAUUUUGUUUGUGCAAAAAAAAUUAUUUGGGUGCCUCUUCAAUCGAUAGUACUGUAUGUGUAUGGGAUAUCACAGCAUCAGAUUUUAUAUUUAAAAAUUGUCAUGCUCACACUGGUGCAUGUACGGAUAUUUCAUUUUCUCCAAUUAAUUAUGAUGUGAUAGCUUCUGUGAGUUUGACUAAAACUUUAAAAAUCUAUGAUAUAAGGGAAAAAAAAUCAAUAUUGGAUGUUAAUUUAGAAGAACCAUUAAAUUGUGUAGAUAUUAUUCUUAAUGGUGAUAAGGUUGCUUUGGGGACUACAGGUGGCUCCAUCAUAAUAUACGACUUAAGAGCAGAUAAAGUUUUACAAACUAUCAAAGCACAUAAUGGGCCUGUAUUGUCGGUUAAAACACAAAAUUUAAAAAUUGCAAAAUCAUACAGGGAGGUUGAAAUGAAUACACCAGACAUUAUAGAAAAUCCUUCUAAAACAUUAGAUAUCUCUGUAAUGGAUGUUUUUUCACCGAUUAGCAGAAAUUUCGAUAAAGAUUUAUCUGUAAAUUUUAAUAAUCAUACUACUUCGCUUGUUCGUCCACAAUCAACUCCUAAUUUUGUUAUUACUAAAGUUAAUUCUUCUACUCCUUAUGAAGAUUCAUUUUUUAAAAAAGUUUUGUCUCCAUUGCCGAUUCAAAAAAGUGCUUUUUUGGGUUCAACAUCUCAGUCUUCUCCAAACCUUUAUCCUAUAGAUGAGAAAACAAAUUCUUCGAAUCAAAAGAUUCUUAGUGUCAUGGAUCGUGAGAGAUGGUUUUAUACUGAUAUCGAAGAAAGGAAUUUGUACUAUAGUGAUGUUAUUAGUGAAAUUCAAAAUUGUAAAGAAGCUGUGUUAAGUGAAAUAAACUCUCUUAAAAAAGAAGUGAUUGAUAUUAAGUGUAAUUUUGAUGAUAGGUUUAAAACUUUAGAGAAUAAUUAUGAGAAUUUAAAAAAAAUUAUAACCGAAGAUAUCCAGCAAAGUAUUUUAACUGGGAAUUGCAAUACAAAAAUCGAACAUAGUUGUCAAAGAAUAUUACUAAAUGAGUUAAAUGAAUCUUUUAUUAAUGCAGAAGCAAAAAUUAGAGAAGAAAUAAAACAGAAUGCGCUUAGAUUGAAACACAUUUAUGAUCAAGUUAAGUAA